AAUCUAGUAAAAUAUUAGCAGAUGGCUAUUGUUGUCAUCUAUAAAUAAUAGUUCCUUGAUUUGGGAAAGAUACUGUUGCUUUGAAAUAUAGUUAGCUUGCUUACUCAGUCACAUUAGACAGAAGAUAGAAAGCUUGCCAGAAGGUUCCACAGGAUGUCUGGUUCAGGAGUUGAAUUAUGUUCUAUAUGUUGUUAUAUGUUGUUAUAAUUUGUGAAUGCCUUUUAUUCUCAACAGCCCUUUUUUUUCUUCAUUGUUUUCCAGGGUAUAGUGGUAGGCUACAGUGGAUAUAAAAAGUCUACACAGCCCUGUUAAAAUGGCAGGUUUUUGUGAAGUAAAAGAAUGAAACUAAGAUAAAUCAUCUCAGAUCUUUUCCCACCUUUAACAUGAAGUUGCAAAGUAUACAGAUAAAGUAAAAAAUAAAACAGAAACGUUUUUAUGGGGAAAAAAACCCUUACAAUAACCUAGUUGUAUAAGUGUGCACAUCCCUAAACUAAUACUUUGUUGAAGCACCUUUUGAUUUUAUUACACCAGGCAGUCUUUUUGGGUAAGAAUCUAUCAGUACCAUCUUGACUUGGCAGUAUUUCCCCAUUCUUUCUUGCAAAAACAUUGUAGAUUAAUCAAAUUGUGAAGGCAUCUCCUGUGCACAGCCAGUUUCAUAUCAUCCCACAGAUUUUUAGUUGGAUUCAGGUCUGGGCUCUGGUUGAGUGGUUGAGUCACCAUAGCCUUCCUGUUCGCUUGAAUCUAAGCCCUAAAUCUGCCUGUUCUCCUUUGACCUCUCUCAUUAACAAGAUGCUUCCACUUACAGAACUGCUGCACAAAGGGCAUUUUAUUGGUGUUGUUUUUCACACAAUUCUGUGUAAUCUCUAGAAAGCUUAUCUGUGAAUGAUCAGUAGUUUCUGCAAUUUUUAAACUGCUCUGUCUUUGCACCAACAACCUUGCUGUGGUCAAAGUCACUUCGAUCAUUUUUUGCCCAUUCUGAUGUUUGAUGUUAACGUUAACUGAAGCUCGUGCCUACAUGAUUUUAUUCACUGAGCUGCUGCUUCAUUAAAGCCUGAUUCGAUAUUUGAAUGAAGGUGCAGAUGUCCAAGGGUUCCUAAUAAAUUGAUCAGUGAGUGUAAAUAACUGUAGGUGGUUAGUGGUGUUAAAACCUGUUGUAGGUGUCUGAGGUGGCCUGGGUUGGUGUGAGACUUUCUGAAUCUUUGUCCCUAUUUUGUUUUGGGUUUGUGUGUACAACAGGUUAUGCAAUUUUUAACAGGUUCUUGAUGGUUGCUACACUGUAAAUCAGAAAGACAAUAAGCAAUUUUCAGUUUGUAGACUAGACUUUAUUUUAAACUUUGUAUGGACUUCAAGCUGAUACCAAGGCUCUUAGUUAAUAUUUAGCAAAUAAGUUGCUUAGUAGUUAUUUAUUCAUCCUAAAAAUGAUUUGUUAAUUCACGUAACCACCUUUGUUUUAAAUUGAAAAUAUCAUUUGCAAAUUACUGUUUGAAUUUUUAAAUCUGUAUUCUUCAGCACUUCAGUUAUUUUUGCUCUUAAAAUUUAUUACAGUGUGUUUUCUGUAGCUUACAGAACUUACUGGGACAUUUAUUAGCAUGACACACUGUAAUUAAAAAUUCAUUUGUUCAUUCUUCAGUAACCACUUUAUCCUGGUCUGGGUCGAGUCAGUCGCAGUUCACCAAGCACACACACACUCACAUCUCUCCACAGAGAAUAACACAAUCAUAAUUAAUUACAUAGUAAUUUAUUACAUGACAAUUCAUUAUUAAUUAAUAAUUCCAUCAACUCAAUCUAAACAUUUCCAGCCACAAUGAUAUUGACACUGAAGCUACUACAACUCAGCUUCCUGCCUGCCACUCGUCUAACGCUGCUGAUCAGAAAGUUUGGAAAUGGACAUCUACUGAAAUGGACAAAAUCUGCAUUUUUUUCUGGAAAUGCUGAGUAGGCAUCUGGCUGCUGUGUUAACCGCAAUAUUGUGAGUCCUGCAUCACAAUUUUUAGUUCUCAAAAGAUUAUAGCCAUAGACUCUUAUUUGUUGCCUGAAUUUUGUCAUUUUAUUUUGGCAUGUGUUUUGGUCUUCAGCUUUAUUUGUUCAGUAUGUGGUGCAUAUGCAAUUCUUGCAAAAGGAAAUCUGAUGUUUAAGCUGAUGAGCAUGAAUGUGGUUCAUUUAUGUUGUUUUACCCUAUCUAAUGCUGUGCAAGUGUCACACCCACAACAGUUUCACAUUUAGUAAUCUUCUGUAGGUUUCGUAGGUAGAGUCAAGCUGAUAUGAAUUGUAAUGCCCUUAUUUUUAUCUGAAGUCACAUAAAUUGUUGCAGGAAGGGCUUGUCUCUUUGAGUGGGAAUUUAUUUAUGUUGUAAUUGAGGCUGUGUUCAUACCUCUGGCCCAUAGGCUUAUCUGGCUACUUUUUACCAACAGAAACGGAAGCUUUGUAAAAAGGUCUCGGGGGAAAAAAAAUGAGAGACAUGCUCUUUGCUCUACUGAAAUGGUACUUCCUGAGAAGACACGUUUAACAUGAUAUACUUUAGCUCCUGCACAGUAAGAAAAAUGAGAAUGCAACAUCUAAACAAAUGAGCCAUACUGCAGGAUCUAAACUGACACAACGAAUUCCCUUCACUCCUAAAUGUUUUACAGCUUGCUAUAAACUAUUCUAAGCCCCAUCCAAAAGAGGAACUAUGUCGUGUAACUUGACGUGUCAGGAUGCCACAGCUGAACGGUGUCAGAAUCAGACAAACCAUGUUUUUGUUGCAGUGUAUAGUGUGGUCUGUAUAUCUGGGAUCACUCUCAACCUUAUGGCACUUGUAGUUUUUUUCUGCUGCACUAAGUCACGCUCACACACCAUUGUAUACAUGACCAACCUUGCAAUAGCAGAUCUCCUUCUGGUUUGUACUCUACCAUUACGGAUCUAUUAUCACUUGGGAUUUCAAGGCCUAUCACAAAAGGUCUGUGAGUUUGCUGGUCUUAUACUGUUAGCCAACAUGUAUGGAAGCAUCUUGCUCCUUACCUGUGUUAGCCUUGACCGCUGCCUGGCUGUCUGCUUCCCUAUGUCAUCCCGAGUGCGUGAAGGCCGCAAAAAGGCACCACUAGUCUGUCUGGGGAUUUGGAUGCUAACAGUUGGAGCCAGCCUGUCCAUGUACCCGAACAGUAAAUUAAGAGGAAACAAUAAAAACGAAACCAUCUGUUUUAGAAGCUUUCCAGCAUAUGCCUUAAACGCUGUUAACCUUACCUCCUCACUGACAGUAGGAUUUGGGAUGCCGCUGAUCAUCAUGAUUCUCUGUUCUUGGGGGUUAGUACGUGCUGUCAGCAAAAGCACAGCAGCCCAGAUGUCCGGCUUGCUUGACAGCUGCAAGAUCCAGAGGAUGGUAAGCAUUAACCUGGCCAUAUUUCUGUGCUGCUUUCUGCCAUAUCAUUUCAUGCUGGCGGUGAUUUACUCCUACAGAGACCAUAUCGAAAUAAUACCAUGUUCAGUGAUAUCUGCCUACUACUAUGCUUUGAUGAUAAGUUGUCUGAAUGCCAUUCUGGACCCACUGGCUUACUAUUUUACCACAGAGACUUUCCGCAAAAAUGUCGAAAUUGACACUGUUCGAAGAAUGCUGCCCAUGAACAAUCUGAGCUCUGACGGAAACACCCGCUCCAGAGCACUUGUCAGUAGUUAAAAUCUAAAAUAGUCUUUUUGGCUGGAAGUAGUGGAAAUUACCAUCGACAGACAUCUGCAAAUAAACAUUACCAUUGACAGACAUCUGCAAAUAAUCAUUAUGGUGAUAUGGCUGUCUUCUCAACAGGAUUUUACUAACUGCACCACAUGGGAAAUGAGAAAGUCACAUUAAAUGCUAGGAUCACAAUACAGAGCUGAUAAUAUUUCAUGGGGCUGGAUUUAUUCAUAUACAAAACUGAAAAAUGAAGCACAUAUUACAAGUGUCAUUUACAAAGUCAUAGCAUGUAACUGAAUUGUUGAAACAAGGAUGUAAUAAUUAUUCAAUUCAAUUCAAUUUUAUUUGUAUAGCACUUUUAACAAUUUAAUUAUGUGGUUCUUUUUUUUUUUUGCUUAAGUUCAAAAACAAAUAUUAUUUAAACUAAAUAUUAAAUAUAAUUAAAUAUUUAAAUAUUAUAAACUAUAUAAUUAUUAUCUGUUGAAUGAUUCAUAUCUGGUGUUAUAAAAGAUUUCUACUGAAAAUGUAUAUAAUACAUAGUAAUAAAAGAAGACAAACCAUAGGAACUAUAGCAUAUAACAUAAUUUUUUGUAGCAAAUAGCAUAUAACAUAAUAACAUAAUUUUAACAUAAUUUUUUGUAGCAAAUACCUCUUAGAUAUUGAAGUAUAAGAGGUACCUUAAGAGUAGGUGCUAUGAUUGUGGGGAUGGAAUGACUUUUUGAUAAUAAUAAUAAUCCCUCCAUUAAAUUUAUAUUGUCAGAGUAUGCACAAUUAGUUGAUUCUGUUUCUAUUGUUAAAUUAGUGUAACUGGGGCUGGCAGGGGUUGCAAAGAGCAACAAAAAUGGGUUUAUGGAUAUUUAGGUAAUUUAUUUGAACUGUUAUUAAUAGCUAGAAGAAUAGAUUUAUAUAGUGUUCUAAAAACUGAAUUCUUAAGCAGUAUUGGAUUUUAUUAUUAUUUUUUUUCUUGUUAUUGCCAUUAUUUUUAUAGAAGUGACAGAGAAGAGAAAGUAAACAAACUAUGUUGAUAAGUAUAUGCUGAUAUAUAAUGAUAUUCUGUAUUCUAUGUUAUAAACAACAUGCAUGCAUUUGUGAAAAAUAUGUUUUAUUUUUUGUUUGUUUUAUUUUUUCAUUUUUAAGAAAUAAAAUGGAUCAAAGUUGUCAAAACUUUUUUAUUUUUUUGCAAAAGCCAUUAAAAUAUACUGAAUUAAAAAAAAAAGUAAUUAAAAAGAUAUUAAUUUUGUUAGGUUAACCCGAGACAUUCACAGAACAGGCCUCUAUGUUUUGUAGCAUGAACUGAUUAUAAACCACACUCAAAAUACUGGAGAGAGUAUUGCCAUGACUGCCUUACUUAAUGUGCCGUGAUAUAACAGCCACUGUUGAGCCUUUGAGUAAGACCCUUAUAGUUUUUCUACUUAGCUCAAAAUACUGAGCAUGCCAAAAUGAACAUCUACUUGUAAAAUCUUUUUUCACACUCUCCUCUCUGCCAAAAACUGCUAUUACUUUGAAAAAAAAAAACACCUUCUGUGACACAGUAUAGAAAUAGUUUUAAUAAAUGUCUGGUCUAUACAGAGCAUUUCCAUGUUAUCAUUAAAAUCCUGUAAUACAUUAUGUUUUUUGUCAGGACCCCUAUGAACCUAUGUAACACAAAGAUGUAUACCUAACACAGGGUUGUGUAUGGUCAGCAUAUCACUUCUGAGAAAAAACAUUUAUCUUUGUUUCUGUUAACUACAUACCACUUCUUCCUGUAUUAUUCUUUCCUUUCAGUUAACUAAAUGCCAUUUGUACUGUGUACAACAAUUCUAUAGAGCCAAAAAAAUAAUUAAGAGUCCUCCAAAGAGCCCUAUAAACACCAGUAUUGUAAAAAUGUCUGAUCUUGUUCUGUGAGACAUAGACUAAAUUAAAUUUAAGUAGCAGUUAAGUUGUCUGAAAUGUUCAUAUUCUCACCCAUGGGAGGAAAGGUUUUGGCUAUAAGAUAAAACAGUGGUGCAAGAUAUGAAACUGAGCCUUGUAGUAUAAGACUUAAAGGCCCUUUAUUUUUAUUUAAGUAAAGCUGUGAAAAGUCUAAUGUCAUUUAAUGUCUAGAGUAAUGUAAUCUUCUCGAAAAACAAAAGUUCAUCAGACAAACAGACCUACAUAUGACUGCUCAGAGACUGUUAGAAGUUAGUAAAUGUAAAUGUGUUCUUGUUAUUAUUAACGGUGACCUUGUGUUCAGUGAACCACAACAUUUAAAAAAGCUUUCAUAAUAAUAAACAAUCCUGUAGUGGAAAAGUGUGAAUGUUUUACAACCGUUUUGCUCGUGUAAGAUUGUAUCUUUCUUGCAUACUUAGAGCCGACAUCUCUGAAGCAUUACAAUCUGAAAAGUGUCGCGUCAGCAACAAAGGUGUGAAAGGUUUAUGUACUGAACUGAGUGUGCAACAUUUUAUUAUUGUCCUGCAUGCAAGAUUAUGGCAUGAGAUUUCAUUAGCUUUCUAAUGUGUUGCUUAAAUUUUUUUUCUAAUUAUUAAAUGGAUGUUUU